CACUAAGUCAGGCCCUCCAUGACUGCAUAUAAAGGAACACAAGAACAGACCUCAGAAUGACAAUAUAUAAACCCUGUGAAAGGGGGCUGACAGUAGGCAAUUUCUGUUCUGCCUUGAAACAGAAGCCACAGCAAUGAAGCUUCGCACCGCAGCAAUCCUGCUCCUCUUCUGGCUUGGUGUCUUCACUGUGCACACAGUCAAAGGGAGCGCUAGCAGUCAGCCUAUGCGCAAAUUCAGUUGUGUAAAACUGUCUACAAAGCAGUGGAACAUCCGAAAUUUUGUGAACUAUGAAAAGCAACAAGUACCAAUAGAUGCCAUCAUGUUCAUCACUGCAGGAGGUAUCAGGAUCUGUGUAAGUCCUAAUCAGAAAUGGGUUCAGGCUGCUAUAAAGAGAAUAGAUGAAAACCGUCCUGCCAAACGCAAAUAAUCCAAGCAUCUAAGGCCAACCAGCUGGAAUCAUCAUCAGUGCUGCAAAUAACAAGGAAGAAAACCUUAUUAUCUGCUUAUUUCCUAUUUAUUAAGUGGUAAUAAAAUCUUGGAACAAAUACAAACUCACCAGAAUCUAUUCAUCACUGGUUGAAUACCUGCAGACUUCUUCAUUUUUUGUUUGCAAUCUAUUAGUUUGCUUAUUUUCUGAAUUGCUCACUAGUCUGUGUUUACAGCUGAAUGUAGAUAUUAUCUCAAUCUUGCUGUCCUAACCAGGAUGGCAUUUAAUGGAAAACGACUGAUAGCUUAACACAGUGUAGUGAGGAUGACUACCCACAGAGCUGUGAGAGUGCAGACCUCCAUGCUGAUGGAGGCCAGAGCAUUCUGCAUUGAGUGCUGGUUUUAAGAAGGUGCUAAGUUAGUCAGUCACACCUAUAUAACCUAUACAAACUGAUUUCAUGCUUCAGUCUAUCAUCUGAUCAGUGCCAUAUUCAGAAGAUGAUCCUUGAGUCUUCUAUUUUUACACACAGUAUUGCAUUAUUAGCUCAGUUCACAAAGGUGUGUGAACAUUCUCAUCAAGGGAUGAUGUGGAGUAAUUCGAUGUAACUCAGUGAAUGGAACCCUGCUUGGUCUUGCCCUGUGGAAGCCUUAUCCUACCAAGGCCAUCUGUGAAGUUACUUCAAUUUUGCCCUCAUGUGAAACAAACAUGAAACAAUUGGUUUGCUUUUCUCUGAAUAAGAACAAGCCAUGGCUGGAAUCUGUAUUUCACAAACCCAUAGGAACUCCCUGCCCUAGGUAACUAUUUACAUAGAAACAUCUUAAAAAUUAUACAUAUUACUUGCAGAAGGCUUUGAAUUUUAAUAAACUUACUAUAAAC